UAAGAAUAAAUUAAAGUUAGCCAGUAUAUUAUAUUGAGAUCCGGAGAGGUAGUUAGUUGUGAAGAAUAAGAAGUGAAGAAAAUCUCUUUGAGAGUUAUUAGGUUUUGUUUGAAUUCUGUCUGGGGGGUGAAGCUUUUGUUUUUUCUUCAUUUUGGUGGGUUCUGUUUAUGCUAUAUAUCUUGACUACACAUAUACUUGUUGUGUGGUUCAGCUGGUUUUGGACAUAUCCAGCUUUUGUUAAUUUGCUCCAAUUUCAGCACCAAAAUGAUCUCUCAAAAUGGACUCAGCUCUCUUCCUCCCACAACAGCAGCAACAACAAUCAGAGGGUUUCUUCAAGAACCAACUCCAAUUCCAAACCCUAACGCUAACCCUACUACUUCAAUCCCAGCCAAGCGAAAGAGAUUGCCAGGAACACCAGGCAAGCAUAUAUAUCCAGAUGCAGAUGUCAUCGCUUUAUCCCCAAAGUCACUCAUGGCGACUAACCGAUUCCUAUGUGAAGUCUGCAACAAGGGGUUCCAGAGGGACCAGAAUCUGCAGCUUCACAGAAGAGGGCACAAUCUUCCGUGGAAGCUGAAGCAAAGAACAAACAAAGAAGUGAAGAAGAAGGUCUAUAUAUGCCCUGAAAAGACUUGUGUCCACCACGAUCCGUCUAGAGCUCUUGGCGAUCUAACCGGAAUCAAGAAGCACUUCAGCAGGAAACACGGUGAGAAGAAGUGGAAGUGCGACAAGUGUUUGAAGAAAUACGCAGUUCAGUCUGACUGGAAGGCCCAUAGUAAGAUCUGCGGAACUAGAGAGUAUAGAUGUGACUGUGGCACAAUCUUCUCCAGGAAGGAUAGUUUUAUCACUCAUAGAGCCUUUUGUGAUGCUUUAGCGGAAGAAAGCUCGAGAUACACUACAAUUCAAGCAGCUGUGAAUCCAAAUUUGAAAAAUGAACAGUUGUUGAGUACUGAAACAAUCAAUUAUCCUCAAGCCAGUUCAAUCUCUCAGUUUUCCUCGGCUUUUCGGCCCGAUUUUUGUGGCUCGGAAUUGCAAUUAUGGCGUGACCAUGCAAAUUCAGUUGGGGUUGCAGGUCAUUCCAGUGGUUACUUGCCUGAAUUAGUUAGUCCAAUGUUCGGAUCCUCCUCCCAAAUGGAGUGGCUCAACAAGUACUCAUCAGAGGGGGCAAUGUUCACCGGAGCCAAUGAUGUUUCGGCUCCAGCAUUGGGACGACGAAUUACAAAGGUGGAGGAGCAAAAUAAGAAGAAUUUUCCAAUGAGUUAUUCGUAUUCCCAUAGUGACCAACAUCAAGGCCCAGCUCACAUGUCAGCCACUGCACUCUUGCAAAAAGCAGCUCAAAUGGGAUCCACAAUAAGCAAGACCACUACUACUAAUGGCUAUGGAUCACUCUCAAGCUUCAACUCUCACAACCAGCAAAACAAAAAUCAAGAACUAGUGCAUAAACUUUUCAAGCCAGCUAGCCAAGCAGAUCAUAGUAGGUCAAGAUCAAGUUCAUUUUUGGCCAAUUCGGUCAUGGGAAGGUCUAAUGAAGGUGAUGAGGGGAGUUUGACUAGAGAUUUUCUUGGCGUUGGAGGAGAAUCGAGCGGACCAUUUUUGCAAAACGAGCUAGCCAAGUUUGUUUCGCUGGGUUCGGCAGCUGCAAUGGACUUGAGCCGUUACACUGGACAAGACUCGUGAGUUCCAUACAAGGUAUGGUUAUUGGUUAGGUUAGAAUGAUUAGGUGAAAAAAUGGAAGGCUUUUUUUUUUUUAUUUUGUGACCGAGUUGCAUGCAACUGAGUCAACUCGGUGGAAAGGGCGAGGGAGGAUUAUUGAGUCAUGUGACUUGUGAGAGUCGAUGGUGGAGGCCCACUGCAUGGAAUUGGACGAGACAACAAAAGGUUGGCAGUCAGAUAAGGAUGAGGUGGGCCCCCCAUGCAUGUAGUUGUAAUUUAUGUAUAUUUUUUUUUAAUUUUCAGUUUUAUUAUCAACGUUAAAUUACUGUUGACUCUGACAGUUGUUGUCAGAGACUUUUCUCCUGUGACCCUCUCUGUUUUCCACCGUGGACGUCUGGGAGGAAGGAAAAUUUUUCUUAUUAAUUUUA